AUGUCCAACGGCAUCAACAACCCAUCCGGUAUCUUCUUUACCGCAACUGCCCCGUUGUACCUGGUGUUCGCACCUGUCGCAUCUGCAAUCACAGCACCCAAUGGCAUUGUUCAAAAUGCCAUUAGCACCAUGCUCAGUCUCGUGGGCGGCGAUAUAACAUCCGAUCGCGCAAUCCCUGCACUUGCCCUCCUUUACGGAUUUUGGAGUUUCGCCGGCAGUGGCGCUCUGUCCGUCGCCGGGCAGGCCAUGUCCAGAGCCGUCGGCUACGACAACGAUCACCCCCGCAAGCACCGCGCAAACUUGGACGGCCUCCCAUUGCGCCUCGUGUCCGCCCAUAAUUCGCUGCUGGAGAUCUUCCCUCUGUUUGCGACAGUGGCGUGUCUUGCCCAGGUGAUUGCGCCCGGAGAUCAACAGAUUCGGAACCUUGUUGGUCUUCAUGUGCUCGCGAAAACAUUCGUUUUCUAUCCUGCAUAUCUUGCUGGCCUUCCCCCUUUGAGAUCGAUGUCACACGUGAUUUCUGUCUCGGCCCUUCUCAGGACUCUUUGGCUGCUCACGGUAUAA